AGAGGCGUCUCAAGCCACUUUAGCCAGUGUGGCCCCAGUGUUUUCAGUGAUGAAAUUUGAUAAAGACGGCAAUGUAAGCUCUUAUGAAAGAAAACAGAACUAUACCAAGAACUAAGUCUUCAAGCACGAGAUCUACGAUUUCAGCAUCAAGUAAGCGUAGCACCCAGGAACAACAGGAUUAUCAUAAGAAUGGAGUUUUUGAAGGCUGUGGUAACGCCAGAGUAUCUUCUAAUCCUAGACUAUCGCAAUUUAAACUUGGAAAAUUGGCUGAUCCACGAACUGGCACCUCAGCUAGCUGGAGAAGGUCAACUUGUCACGUAUUCUUUACCUUUUGAAUUUAGAGCUAUUGAAGCAAUACUUCAGUACUGGAUCAGCUACCUACAUGGCAGACUUAACAAUCUGCAACCUCAGAUUCUUGAGACGCUGGAUGCUUUAGUGGACCCUAAGCUUUUGUCUGUGGAUAGGAGCAAAGUCCACAUCUUAUUGCAAAAUGGAAAGAGUUUGUCAGAAUUAGAAACAGAUCUUAAAGUUUUCAAAGAGACAGUAUUGGAAAUCCUAGAUGAGGAAGAAGUAAUAGAAGAGCUGUGUCUAACUAAAUGGACAGACCCACAAGUAUUUGAGGAGAGUCUCUCUGGAAUUGACCAUGCAGAGGAGAUGGAGCUGCUGUUGGAGAACUACUACAGGCAGGCCGAAGAUCUUAUUAAUGAAACUCGUGAACUUCGAGUAUUGAUUGAUGAUUCCGAAAGUAUCAUCUUUAUCAACUUAGACAGCCACCGUAAUGUGAUGAUGAGGCUGAACUUGCAGUUGACCAUGGGUACUUUCUCACUCUCACUCUUUGGAUUGAUUGGAGUAGCUUUUGGCAUGAAUUUGGAAUCAUCAUUUGAAGAGGACCGCAGAAUAUUUUGGCUGGUGACAGGAAUUAUGUUCCUAGGCAGUGGAUUAAUUUGGCGGCGUCUACUUUCAUUCCUUGGACGACAUCUAGAACCUUCAACACCCCCACCAAUUCCUGCCUUACUGAAAAGAACUCCGCCACCUAGUGGGAAAGUGGAAUUUAAAAGUGACUUCAAAACAGAGCCCCUUGGGUCAAGCAGAAGCACAGUGACUAACCAAUGAUCAGGGCUCUUCUGUUUUUUCCUGCACAACUGAACUUUAAACGGUCACCUUGUGUUUCUUUCUAUUAAAAAAAAGUAGCUGUUUUUAUCAUUUGAUUUUAAUAUAUGCCAAAGACGUGCACCUGAAACCACGAAAAUCUGCAAGUUUGGAAAGGAGAAGAGAACCUACCUAGCAAAAUUUUGCAAACUAAAGCAGAAAAUCUCCAGCACUCAUGAACCACAUAGUCUACUUUUAAGUCUGUGUUCCAAGUGAUGCCGCCUGUGGAAGUUUUGUUUUGGUGUAACCCUUAUGAAUGGUAAAAACCUAAGGGCUGCCCUUCAUGGAAGCAAAGUCUAGUCCAGAACUAUUGCUUACAUUGUGACUUAACAGUUUGACUACUAUUGCUUCAUGGGCAUAGUUUAAUAUAGGGGAAAAUGGACUGUAAGCAGUGUGCUUCCCUUACUUAAAAAUAGGCAGUAUUAUCCUCCAUGUCUGGAAAAUUCUGUCUGGAAAAUCGAACAACCAACUUGAAUUCUAACGGAACAGGCUUAAACAGCUCACUAAAUUAUCAGCAUAUUCCUCCUUUUGACACGUUCGAAGGUUGCAUUUUCUCUGACAUAAGUAAUAUCUUGCUGGAAUUUGAGACUAAAAAUGCCUCCACCUUGUUGAGGGGAAUAGAGGUUAGAAGUACUGUAACUGUUUUGUUACAGCCAAGUAGAUAAACUAUUGCCUGUAUAUGUAAGCUACUACACUUUGUAGGCUUAAUUUCAAUGGAUAAUGAUGCUUUAAACCAAAAGAAUGUUCCCUCUACUGUAAUACUUUUGACUGUAUUUGUAAUUAUUAAGAUCUAGAACCCAGAAGGAAAUCAUCCCUCCUAUCAUUCAAACACUGAGCAGAGCCACUGAUGCCCCAAUGAAGUUACUGCUGCUACGCUUGUAGAGGUGUGUUGAAGUGUUGAACAGGUCUGCCAGAGCAAUAUAUGUUGAUCCCCGUAAAAGAAUGUCAAAAUUACAUUCAUCCCCUGUAGCAGAGGGUUGGAUUAAGUCCCCACUCGUUGAAUGGAUUUUGGCCAUUUGACAGCGCUCCAUGGGUACGCUUCUGUAGAGGGGUGUAAGAAAAAAGCUUCAAACUUCCAUCUGUUGUAUAGUUAGCUACCCUGUAAUCUACUGAUAAUACUUAGAGCAAUGGCAUAGUUCAGAAUGGCUGUAAAAUGCUACACAAACAGGAAUGUCAGCUUUUAUUACUUGCAUUAAACAUGGGAUGAGGUAAUGAUUCAGACAUUGUCUUGGAAUUUUAGAGAUAGCACAUUGUAGUACAUCAAUAAUUAACCUAAAUAACAGAAAAUCUGAACAACUUUUGACGUGUAGAGGAAAUUGAGAUUGCAAUUGAAUAGAAACAUAGAAAGCUGUAUUAUACCACAUCAGACUAUUUGUUCAUCCAGCCUGGUAUUAUCUGUAAUGGCUGGCAGCAUCUUUCAAGGGUUUCCAGCAGAAAGAUCUUUUUGCCUGAUCCCUUUAAUUAGAAAUACCGGGAAUUAAAAUUAGGACCUUUGAUACGAAAAGCCUGUGCCCUAUCGCUGAGCUACAGAAGCUAUGUAAAUAGUUGUAGAAACGCAGGAAUUCUCUAAAUAGCUAAUAUUCUUGGAGUCAACUUCCAAAUCUUGUUGAAUUUAACAAAUACCUGAUGUGCAGUUCCAUACAUUAAGUGUUUUGAAAGUAUUUUAAUACAGGUAAUUCCCUUGUUACUGUCAGAUAGCUUAUAGAAUAGGAAAUACCACGGCCUGCAUUUAGUGGCUUUAAAAAUCCCUGUACAUUAGGAAACAGCAGCAUCAACUGCCUGUUCAGCUUUGGGGAGAACAUGUUAAAUACUCCCUCAACCCCAUGGUGCGCAGAUAACAGGGAUGCUCAAGGACUGCCUUUACCGGCAUAUUAAUGGUAGUACUUGGACCCAUUUCAUAACCGAGGGAAAGACAGUGCCCAAACUAGGGUGUGAUGCCAUCCCACUUCUUUUCAGACAUCUGUAAAUGAGUUUGGUCUAACUUGAAAUGAAACCAUCUCACUAAGCACUGGUUGAAGGAUUGGUUAUUUUUGAAUCAUGGCCAAUAUUAAUUGCAGAAGGGGAGGGGGGAAUGUGUGUCAUUUAUGCCAAACUGUUUUUUGUGUAACUCCACAAGUUCUGGAUUCAUUUGGUCUUCUCCAAUGCACUAAAUUGUACAGUAUAUUGCAAAAAAUACGGCUGUAUAUGUGAUGCGGGUUUUCAUGCAGCAGUUGAAACAGCGAAUGGUGAAAAGCCACAAAAUGAAGUUCUAACUUUUGUUCAUUAUUGCCUUUAGAAUGGAAAUAUAAACAGGGCAACACUAAUUUAAGAGGUGGAUCUCAGCUCUCAUUAAUUAAAAAGGUCAGUGUUGUUCACAUGUCAGUUCAACAGAGUAUAUGUUAUAGUUUCUUGCUGAAAAGAGACCCAAUGAGGAAGUGUGGCAAUUAAAAGGUGUAGAGAAAAAUCCUUCCACUAAGCCGUGCUUUUACUGAACUUCUCUCAGCAGCUACUAUUACUUCAUUCUGCAAAGAAAGAAAACAGCCAUUAAUACUGCAGAAUCCAGCCGCAUUUGUGUGUGGGGAGGGAUUGCAAUAACAUUAUUGGCCUGAUGAUUUUGUUUCCAGGGAGCCAAUGAAAUGGGAGUAUGGGAAGAGGAAUUCUCAACGUGAAGUUAGACCAUGCCUUUUUGCAUUAUGGUUAAGAGGAAAGCUGAAGGCACAGGGUUGCAGUUUACAGCUGUAGUCACAAUGUGCCAGCUAUAAUGUGUUGUUGUGACCUUACAUUGACUAGCUACCCUGUGUGCAACUGGCAUUAGGCCUGGGAAAGUUAGGUGAUGUUGCUGUCCCCAUUCUUCCUUCAGCCAAGAGAGUAAGUGCACCUUCACCAAAGCAAAUGCAAUUCAUGGGUUAAUCUAUGGGACUAUGUAGAAAGGGUCAGUUACUUCCCUAAGGUUCUGUGGCUGAAAAACGUAGACAAGGAAUAGCCUUUUGCAGCUAACACAUUUGGCAAUUUCCUUCAAUAUUAUAAGAUGCCUAGGGAUGAUGUUAAAGUAAGCAGCAAAUUAUUCAACCGCUGGUCCGACAUUUUUCUUACCUGACAAUGGUCUUGUUCAGACAACAUGCUAAGCCAUGGUUAGGCCACUAAACCUUUUGUAACAAAUGGUUAGUCUGUUUAAAACUUGGUUAGGUAGCUACCCUGCUUAGGAAUGGUUCACACGACACGCUAAGCCAUAAAGUUCAGCUCAAAAUGCUUAACCACCAUGGCUUAGUGUGUCAUCUGAACACCGUCAAAACUAGCAAUGAUUGUUUAAUUACCUUUUGUCCAGAUUGUACUGUAAUCACAGCACUCCCAAAUCUUGAUUUUUCCUGCAAUAAUAAUAAAAAAAGCCCAAUUAUGCACUGGGAAUGUUCAAA